AGUUCUGUCCUAGUGACUCUGCCGGGUUAUGACGACGAAUCCCAAACCCAACAAGGCGUUAAAGGUCAAGAAGGAGGCAGGUGAGAACUCGCCAGCGCUCAGCGAUGAUGAACUGGUGAGCAUGUCGGUGCGCGAGCUGAACCAGCACCUGCGCGGCCUCACCAAGGAGGAGGUGACAAGGCUGAAGCAGCGCCGGCGCACUCUCAAGAACCGUGGCUACGCGGCCAGCUGCCGUAUCAAGCGGGUGACGCAAAAGGAGGAGCUGGAACGGCAGCGCGUGGAGCUGCAGCAGGAGGUGGAGAAGCUGGCGCGGGAGAACAGCAGCAUGCGGCUGGAGCUCGACGCACUGCGCGCCAAGUACGAUGCCCUGCAGACCUUCGCACGCACUGUGGCGCGUGGCCCCAUGGCACCCUCAAAGGUGGCCACCACCAGUGUCAUCACCAUAGUCAAGUCGGCGGAGCUUGCCUCCCCGUCUGUGCCCUUCUCAGCUGCAUCCUAGAGUCCAGCAGUCU